UAGAAGGCGAGCAAGCUCUCGAGGCGUCUUGUCGCCUUGCGAGUUGCGAUUCCAGAACCGUCCUUUGCUCGCGUCGCCUCGCCGCCGCUGCCGCUGCCGCCGACGCGGCUAUAUACGGCGGAAACCCUACCCUGCUCGGCGCCCGCGGCCGUGGAGAGAUAGAUCGGUGACGAGCGGGAAACUCGUAGUCGGAGCAGAGGAGGGGUAGGGGAUGGUGUUCGGUCAGGUGGUGAUCGGCCCGCCGGGCUCCGGCAAGACCACCUACUGCAACGGCAUGUCGCAGUUCCUCUCCCUCCUCGGCAGGAAAGUUGCGGUUGUCAAUUUGGAUCCUGCAAAUGACGCAUUGCCGUAUGAGUGCGCCAUAAACAUUGAGGACCUCAUAAAACUCAGUGAUGUCAUGGCUGAGCAUUCGCUUGGCCCAAAUGGAGGGCUUGUGUAUUGCAUGGAUUACUUGGAGAAGAAUAUUGACUGGCUUGAAGAAAAACUGAAGCCUCUUAUCAAAGAUCACUAUCUGUUAUUUGAUUUUCCGGGGCAAGUGGAACUUUUCUUCCUUCACUCAAAUGCAAGAAGUGUUGUUAAUAAACUCAUCAAAAAGAUGGACUUAAGGCUGACUGCUGUGCACCUUAUCGAUGCUCAUUUAUGCUGUGAUCCUGGAAAGUAUGUGAGUGCUUUGCUUCUUUCACUGUCCACAAUGCUACACUUGGAAUUGCCACAUAUCAAUGUCUUGUCAAAGAUUGACCUAAUUGAGAACUAUGGAAAUUUAGCAUUCAACCUUGACUUCUACACUGAUGUCCAAGAUCUUUCUUAUUUGCAAUAUCAUCUUGAGCAGGAUCCUCGCUCAGCCAAGUACAGGAAACUGACUAAGGAGCUCUGUGAUGUGAUUGAUGAUUUUAGUUUAGUCAACUUUUCAACUUUGGACAUCCAGGACAAGGAAAGUGUUGGCAAUCUUGUGAAGCUGAUUGACAAGAGCAACGGAUAUAUAUUUUCUUCUAUUGACAGUAGCGCUGUUGAGUUCAGCAAAAUUGCGGCGGCGCCUCUUGAUUGGGACUACUACAGAACAGGAGAAGUGCAGGAGAAGUACAUGAAAGAUGAUGAGUACGUGCAACAGACAAGCAGGAUGCAAUGACCAUUGAGGCUGGCGGUGUCCCCCACUUUUGUAGCACUAUACGGGUGAAUCACGUCAGUGUGGUACAAGGCACAUCGAGAACUUCGGUUGCUAGAACGACGUGAAACCUGUCUGAACUCAUGUAGAUCAGUUGUAGAUGUUUUCUGAAGCUGCUUGCUAGUUGCCUGAUGUGGAGUGGUAGGGUACUGCCAUUAUCUUCUGGUAGUAUACUUUUGGGCAGUAUAAGAAAUGCACCUAUCACCUGUAAUCAACCAAUCAUAUGGCCAUCUGUUUUGUUUUAUGGGGCAAACUGAUACAUGUUCGUUGUUUAGUUUGUCCUGAUCCAAUCUCAGAUUCUUGAGCAAGUACAAUUGAAUAACCAAGGGACCGUUUGGUUGUGUGAAA